AUGACCGACCCAGCCAACCUCAACGAUGCCAGCCUCUCCAGAGAGACCAUCACUGUCGCCUCCAUAUGUCUGCCUCCAUUCACGCCCCACAACUCAGAAGCUUGGUAUGAACAUAGAGGCUCCUCAUGCUUCUUCAUUAGGGGCAAAAAGUCAGACACCAGGGCAUGCAGGUCAUUUGUGCCAGCCAAUCCAAAUAAACAACUCAACUCCACUCCACCUACCAACCUCCAUGUAUCCACCACCAGUGGAGCACCACUCAAGAUGUACAGAAGGCAGGAUGUGAACCAGUCAUUUAAUGGGAAAGACUACAGUUGUCCCUCCAUCACGGCAGAUUUGACGAUAGCACUGUUAGGAGCAGAUUUCCCAACAGCUCACAACCUGCUAGUGGACAGACAUAACUUAAUCAAACCAGCAAACCACAACAUCGACCAUCAUGUAGAAACUGAAGGCCCCCCUAUUUCACUCAAGCUUCAGACGAUUAGCUCAAGAGAAGCUCGCCUACGCCAAACAAGUGCUCAAGGAGAUGGAGAACGUGGGAAUAUGCCAAAAUCACCCAGCCAUUGGGCUUCCCUUUUCACAUGGUACCAAAACCUGACGGAACAUGGAUGCAACGCCCUACACAUCACUGACCUGGACGUGCCUAAGGUCAUCCAGAAUGGUUCGAGGUCAUCGGUGAUUCUGGACUGCAUCUACCGGUACGAGCACAACGACCGGGACAGCCUCGUCGUCAAAUGGUUCUGGAACCACGAACCGGAGGCUGUCUACCAGUGGAUUCCGGGAAAGAACCCCGAAGCCAUCGGGAUACUUAGGGGUCGACUCAACCUGGAUUACACAGCCAGCAAGGACAAGUACAGCGAGCACCGCGCCCUCGAGAUCUUGUACCCGACCACGGAACUCACCGGAUUCUAUACCUGCCGCGUCUCCUCCUUCCACGACGAGAAGUUCGAGUCGAAAAAGAUGAUCGUAUACGCACCAGCAACAAGUAUGAACGUGUCCUACCACAAGACCACGCCCUCCACUGUCAACAUCACCUGCGAUGCUCAUGGAAUUUAUCCCAAGCCUCUGCUCAGGCUAUACGAGGGUGCCACCCCGCAGUCAAGGUCUCUGGUGAAAGAAGCUCGCGAGGAAAUGGUAGAAGCCGAAGAUGGUUUCAGCGUCUACCUACAAGCACAGCUGGAGGACCGCGUCUUGAAGCAGCAGGAAACUAUAUUCGAGUGCGUCCUCUCCAUCCCGGAGACUGAGUAUCAGGUCCGGCGGAAGAUCAUCUAUUUUCCUGGAUAUGAUGCCUUUGAAGUAUUUGGAGGUGCAGCUAAAGAAGUCUCUGCCACGACGCUCUUGUUCUUCCUCCUGUCCUUGUUGUAUUUGCACUGAAGGACACAUCUUCAUCAUCUCCAUUCAAGAAGAAGUUCAUCCAUUUCCUCUUCUCUUUCUCUUUCCCAGAAGCUGGGAGCCUCUUUAUCGUUUCCCCAAAUCCGGGGAUCCGUUGUAUCGCCUCUUACCAUUAAUAGGUCGUAGGAGCUAAAUGUAUUGCUUUAUUAUGACAACAUUAAGAGAGACAUUAUUAUACCUAAGACGAAAGCAGUCAUCCAAUUAUUAUUAAAAUUCUUAAUAAGAAAAAUUCGAUCAGAUUAUCACUCUCGCUCUUUAUUGUAUUUGUCUGUAGUUUGAGAUAGUAAAUAGAUCGCUUCAACAUUGGUUCAUUUUCAUCAUUGGAAGUUACUGAAUGAGCCCAAACAUUGUAUCCAUAAAUGAAUAGUUCAGAACUAGAGGUUUAUUUUGUCAACAUUAGAAAGUUAUAAUGAAAAUAACAUUAAGUGUGAAUUCAUUGUUGAUCCCAAAGUAUGUUUUAUUGUAGAGAUGUUUAUGAAUGUAUAGAAAAUCUAUCUGAAAUAGCUGCGUCACACUCUAACCUCACAAUGAUGUCUUCGUAGUCACUAGUGCUUUUCACUGGCCAUUCAUUGAGUAGAUGUUUCUUUCAUGGGCUUCAGAUAGAGAAAAUAAAUGACAAAAUGACAACUCUCUGUGUAAUUAGGAGAAGGAAUCGUCCCAGCCACCAAGAAGUAUUUUUGUGUCCUUGUUGAAUGGGUGGCGAAGAAACAAAGAUGUUUUUUAUGUGUUAAGAAAUGUCUGCCAUUUGUUGUUAUCAUUUCGAUGUGUCACAUGUCAACUCAAUAAAGAAUUUUUAAAACGGACUUUUAUUUAUUAAAUGAUAUGGACCGGAUGAAUUCCUUUAGUCAUAUCAUUUAGCCCUUAAAGGAACUUACAGUUUUUAUACGGAUCUGAAUCAGUAUCAACGCUGUGGUGUAAGUAAACAGUGAUGGACACACACACACGUUUUCAGCGCUGAAUGGCCUUAGUUGCCCCAGUGCUUGGCAGAUAUGCCAAAAGUCUAUGAAUCAAUUCAUCAUUAAGACAAAGUAGGUAGAUGAAAGUAGAAUCCGUUAGCCUAAUUACGGAUUCAGGGACCAGAAGAUAUCAAGCUUUCGCUUCUUGAUAGAAAAGCUAUCUUGAAAACGGGACAGAUCUUGCAGCUUCCACUCUGAUAGACUUUUGUUAUUUCUGUUCGCUUCAUUGUCCUUCUUUUGACCCCUGCUCUUUUUCCCUUCUUUUGUCUAGCGCUUCAGAGCCAAACUCUAUUUCCGUGUACGAGUUCAAGAGAGUAAUUGUGUUGAAACAAUUUCUUGAACAAUGAAAACACUACCCGUGGGAAAUACGACAAAGUUGUGACACC